CGUCACCUUUGCGCAUGCGUAAUUGGAACCAAAACAACGUGCAUGUGUUGCUGGACAGAUUUUCACAGAUUUUGAACCGGAUAGUGGUUCAGUUCAGGACAAAAUGACUUCUACGGAAGUUAAAAACCGUAUCAACAGCGGACAAGACUCAGCUCAGACACCCAGUGUUGAUCAGGAUGACACAGUAAAAUUGAAACGGACCAUUACACUGUUCAACGGAGUGGGAAUCAUUGUCGGUUCCAUCAUUGGAUCUGGGAUUUUUGUCUCUCCCAGGGGUGUGUUAGAAGGGGCUGGCUCGGUUGGUGUGUCAAUUAUCGUAUGGGCUGGUUGUGGGUUGUUGUCACUGGUUGGAGCGCUGUGUUAUGCUGAGCUUGGUACAACAAUUACAAGGUCAGGAGGAGACUACGCCUAUAUUCUGGAAGCUUUUGGACCAUGUUUGGCUUUCUUACAACUUUGGGUUAACCUGAUUAUCAUCCGUCCCACAGCUCAGGCGAUUGUAGCACUUACAUUCGCUUACUACGCUCUUCAGCCAAUAUUCCCAACAUGCGAUCCACCAGAGGCAGCCACCAGACUCCUUGCUGCACUGUGCAUCAGUAUUUUAACAUUUGUGAACAUUGCCAGUGUGAAAGCAGCUACAAAAAUCCAGGAUUUUUUCACGGUGGCCAAACUGCUAGCCCUAUUGCUUAUUAUUGUCACUGGUGCUGUUAUGAUUGGGAUGGGUGAACAUGAGCAUAUAGUAAAUGCUUGGGAUAAUAUAGAUGGUGCUAAUGUAGGAGUGGGGUCAGUUUCCCUCGCCUUCUAUAGCGGUCUUUUUGCUUAUGCAGGAUGGAACUUCCUUAAUUUUGUAACAGAAGAAUUAAUUGAUCCUUACAAAAACUUGCCACGUGCUAUCUACAUAUCUAUACCUAUUGUAACAUUUGUAUAUGUGUUUUCCAAUGUAGCUUAUUUCUCGCUUGUGUCACCACGAGAAAUGAUGGAAUCUAAUGCAGUAGCUGUGACAUUUGCUGAGAAAGUGUAUGGUUUUAUGGCCUGGAUAAUACCAGUAUUUGUAUCACUCUCCACAUUUGGAGGUGUGAAUGGUCUACUGUUUACCUCAGGGAGAUUAUUUUUUGUUGGAGCAAGAGAAGGACAUUUACCAGAGUUGAUGUCUAUGAUAAAUGUGAAACGUUAUACACCCAUGCCUGCCAUGCUCUUCACUGGAGGGCUGUCAAUACUUAUGUUGAUCUCAGAUGACAUGUAUGCUCUCAUCAACUACAUGAGCUUUGUACAGUGGUUGUCUGUGGGUAUGUCUGUCACAGGUCUGCUGUAUCUCCGCUACAAACAUCCUGAAUGGGACAGACCUAUUAAAUUUAACAUUGCUAUACCAGUCACGUUCCUGAUAGCUGUAAUUUUCUUGUUAAUUGUGCCUCUUUUUGCUGCACCAAAAGAUACGGGUAUGGGCCUCCUUUUGGUACUGACUGGACUUCCUGUUUAUGUUGUUGGUGUACGUUGGAAAAACAAGCCGAAAGCCUUUACAAAAUUUGUUAGAUCAUUAACACAAACUAGCCAAAAGAUUUGUGAUGUCGUUUCUGAGGAAGUAUCAUGAUGGAGCUGGUAGCUACAUGAAGUCCAGAAUAUAUAUUGAGGAUCUUGAGCAAUAUGCUGUUUUAGAUGAAACCACUAGUGUUAUUUCUAGAGCUCAAAAAGGGCAGGGUGCUGUCAAAAAGGGGCAGGGUGCUGUCCGAAAGGGGCAGGGUGCCCUUUUAGAUGUGAAAGUUACCAUAGCAGUAGUUGCAUUUCUAGAUGUCUAUAGUUAACAUGUAUUCCAU